CUUGUUAAUGGAAGUAAUUUUAAAAUUUCUUUUUGAAAAUCCGUUCUUAGUACUUAAGAUAUGUAUCUCUUUGUUGGUGUCCAUUUUAUCCUUGAUAUACUUUCUUCCGUGUAUACGGUCUUUCGGAACAAGACUUAUUGGUUGCACUGAAGGUUAUCUACGGAACCUCUUAUCUUUUGCGCAAAAGGAUGACAAUCAGUCCCUCCUUUAUGAAACUAAGGUUGAGCGGCCAAAACAAGAUAAGUGGUUUUCUGAGGGUGAUCUACGGAUAAACACAACUAAAAUUCAAGAACUUGAAGCUAAAAUUCGCAAUCUUAUAACGCUUAAAGAGCAAAAGAUAUGUGCACUCGAGCACUUAACGAAAUCUAAAAAAGAAAAAAGUGUUCAAGUCAACCUUGCCAAUUUACUAUUUCGUCAAGAGAAGGAGAAUCUCUCUGUCGAAUUUAGUCAACUUUUAAGUACAAAAAGCAGAGUAUCGUGUUCUUGCAAGCAAAUUACUGAAAAAAUUAGGGAUUUAACAGAACUAUUUUGUAGCAACUUAUUAAAAACAGGCCAUGAUCUUAGAGAGAAGCAAGUUUUUAUAAAACAAAGAAAAGAAAGGGCCAACUUUAUAAAAAGUAAAACUCUUUUGCAAGCACUGAAUUCUGCCCGCUCUGCUCAGUUACAGUUGCUCACCGAGUUAAUUUCUAACUCUCAAUGCUGUUUAAAAGCUUCCAUAAUUAAGAGAAGUGCUUCAAUGGAGACUAUACAUGAUCUUAAUUUAAAGCCUUCACUUAAUCGAUCCAAUUCGGAGCCGCGAAGCACCUUUUUACAAAAUAACUUUAUAAGCCUUGAGGCUGAGAUCUCUAAUUUAAAAGAAUUGUAUGAAAAUAGCCGGGUCGCCUUUGAUAAGCUUUUGCUUACGGAGGUUACCGAAUUUCAGACUCCUUUUCUCCAAUUGCACGGCCCGCAAGUGCAUCCCGGAGCUGUGGAUGCCUUAAUUGGAGACUGCAUCUCGGUUGAAGUCAGCGCUGUUGCAUUUGCACUUGAGAGGAUUGCUCUAAAGGAGAGACUUCGCGCAGUUAAUGCCGAGUACGAAUAUCUGCAAGGCUCUUAUGAACUGGAAGCAGCGCAACUGGCUACAAAGCUUCAAAGCUUAUUGUUUCUUAAAAAUAAUCUUCGCUUGACGCGCACAAUCGAUAAGCGGCAGAAGCUGGAGUUAAAGAAGAAAAACGGUCUACGCCCCGAGGUUGAGCGUGGUGUACAAGAGCAAGAAGGAGAAAAUGAUUUGUUCGCAUUGAACGAAGAACUAAAAGAACUUCAAGAAAAAGUGGGGAACCGUUUUGCUGUGCUCGUGUCUUUGAGGAAGGCAGCCGGUCUACCGGUGACGCCUCCCGCUAAACCUAAAAACCAGACAACCGGUCUUUUUCAGCGACGAACUAGCGCUUUUUAGAAAAUAUUACUGGUCUGUGUAACUCAGGAGCAUUGUAAUUACCGAUUUCUUAUUAUUUUAUUUGC